AUGUUCUUCGUGCCAACGACAGCCACAAGCGCAGGGCCAGGAUUCUUCUCCCACACUUCAGCGGCGAAGGAAGUCGAUAAUAUCAGCACGGAGACGAAAGAGACCUGGAGCAAAGUCCAUCCCAUGUAUGGCCCUGCCCAGGUUGAGCCUCCUUCUGCAGUGAAGCCGUACAGUAGAAGAGAGGCCACCGUCAAGAACCCAGGCAAGAUCAGCAGUAUCAGUCUGUGUUCUGGGGUUAAUGACAUCCCGAUAGUCGAACCGAGGACGACUGAAGCCAACAAGGUGGCGUAA